UCUCCUCUCUCUCGCAAGGAACCCUAUCCUCUUAUCCCUCACCCGACGCACACACGUCUCUCGGCCUCGCCCCGGCCCUGAUCCAUGCCGGCUCCCAGUGCUCCCUCCUCUUCCUACGCGGCGGCCCUUGCCCUCCUCUCUCUUCGGUCCCCUUCGCGCCUCCUCGCGGCUAUCACAGCCAAGGAGCCCGAGCUCGGCGGCGACGGAUCGGAAGGCAGCGUCGGUGCUGGAUCUGGGAGUGGAGGAGCCGCCGCCGUCUCCACUCGCCGGGAACCGGCCAGAUCCGCCCCACGAGCUUCACAGGUGCCACCCCUUCCGCCACCAGCCACCUUCCAUGACAAGCAAUCAAAGGAGCUCCGCCUCCCUCUUCUUCUUCCCCACCCCCACUGGCGACGGAGGCGAGGUGAAAAUUCCCCACCAACCGGAGCGCUUGCCUACCGAUGGAGGUCUCCGUCUGCCAUCUCCCGCCUUGACGGCGCCGUCCCGCCGCGGCGGAGGGUCCCUGUGGCGGCUGCUCCCUUUGGCCCAGCCCGCCUCCCGAGCGGUCUCCGCCAAGGUGCUUCCCUCUCCCCUAUCUUGUGGGUUGCGUGGGAUGUUGCGUGUAGGCCAGAAGCUUCACUCCCGUUUGCUGCUUCUGGAGGUGAAGAAGGUACGUGGCGUGGACGGCGACCGAGGAGGCGGUGUACGAGCUGCGGUAGGCCGCGCUGGUGGAGGACCUGUAGGGGCGGCGGGUGCGGGAGGCCGAGGCGGGCAGGUGUCGCCAAUGGCGGGACGAGCAACUUGAGCAGGAGGGCGACGCCAAGCUCGGCUGGGGCCUCCUGGGCGAUGCCUACGACCGCUGCGGCGAGGUCUACGCCGAGUACGCCGCCUUCUGCCUCGAUAAUUUGAUCGAAAAGGGACGGCAUGCUGAGGUGUACAAAGGACAACUUGCUGAUGGACAGUUUGUGGCAGUGAAGAGGUUAACUGAAACCUUUUCAGUUAAUUUAAAUUAACUGAUAUUUUUCUACUCAUUUGCCUCUUUAAGAUGCAUCAUUAAGUAGCAGCAGGAGUAGUUUUGCCUGUAUAAGAUGCAUCAUUAAGUAGCAGCAGGAAUAGUUUUUCCUGUAUAAGAUGCAUCAUUAAGCAGCACGACUAUUACUUUAAUUUAAGUUAAUUGAAACAUUUCCGUUAAUUAAGAUGCAUCAUUAAGCAGCAGGAGUGCUCAUUUGUACUGUACGUGUGUACUCAUUUAGCUGGAGCAUAUCAGCAGUUUACUCAGAACUAUUCUUGCAUUGUCUUGAUCUGUUUUGUAGCCAACUUUGUAAGAAGAUGUUCAGAGACCCAUGUAGAAUGAUGUUCAUAUUACUCCUGUAGACAAGCACUGAUGUAGACAUGAAGUAGUAAUAGAGACCCAUGUACUCCUUGUAUUCAUGUGUACAGUAAGAAGCAGAUAAAUACCCUGAUUAUUUAGCUCUGUCAGAUAAAUACUCGUUGAAAGUGGGCUCCUAUCAAAAUUCAUUUCCAUUAUAAUCUUACUCAUACAAUAUUCACACCAUGUAAUUUUGGAAAUAUAUGCUCAUAUCUAGUUUUGCAUAAAAAAUGAUAGUAUUGACAUGUUAUAAAUAGUUUGUUUGUCUUUCUAUUUAUUUUGUUACAUUUUGUAGGGAUAAAGUGAUGAAAAAGAAGAAAAGAUUACUAGAAGAUUAGU